GACAGUCAAAAGGGGGUGGGAGAGCAACUGACAGGCUGAGUGAGAGCUGGGAAGAGUGGGCAGCGGAGGAGGCAGCCAGGAACCCAGGACCAGAGAAGCCCGUGGAAAUUCCAGAGAGAAGGACUGGGGAGAAGUGAUCAAGGUUCAGGGGUGGAAGCCCCCACUGGACUUCUGAGGAAGUUGCCCACAUGGCUGUAGGACCCGUUUGGUUGUUUCCCCUGAGGUUGAAGAGGCAAUCCCCAAAUCGCAGUCAGGAGAGGAGUGGAAGUCCUAAAUAAGUUCUGGUGGCUGUCUCCUGCUGAGUCAGGAUGGGUGACUGGAGCUUCCUGGGAGAGUUCCUGGAGGAAGUACACAAGCACUCUACAGUGAUCGGCAAGGUCUGGCUCACCGUCCUCUUCAUAUUCCGCAUGCUGGUGCUGGGCACGGCUGCCGAGUCAUCCUGGGGGGAUGAGCAGGCCGACUUCCAAUGUGAUACCAUGCAGCCCGGCUGCGGGAACGUCUGCUAUGACCAAGCCUUCCCCAUCUCGCACAUCCGCUACUGGGUGCUACAGAUCAUCUUCGUGUCCACACCAUCGCUGGUGUACAUGGGUCAUGCCAUGCACACAGUGCGCAUGCAGGAGAAGCGGAAGCUGAGGGAGGCUGAGAGGGCCAAAGAGGUCCGGGGCACUGGCUCUUAUGAGUACCCAGUGGCUGAGAAGGCAGAGCUGUCCUGCUGGGAGGAAGUGAACGGGAGGAUUGUCCUCCAGGGCACUCUGCUCAACACCUAUGUCUGCAGCAUCCUGAUUCGCACAACCAUGGAGGUGGCCUUCAUCGUGGGUCAGUACCUCCUCUACGGGAUCUUCCUGGACACCCUGCAUGUCUGCCGCAGGAGUCCCUGUCCCCACCCAGUCAACUGUUAUGUAUCCCGGCCCACGGAGAAGAAUGUCUUCAUCGUCUUUAUGCUGGCUGUGGCAGCGCUGUCCCUCUUCCUCAGCCUGGCUGAGCUCUACCACCUGGGCUGGAAGAAGAUCAGACAGCGCUUUGUCAGAUCUCAGCAGAGUACAGCCGAGUGUCAGCUUCCUGGCCCCUCUGCCGGCAUGGUCCAGAACUGCACACCACCCCCUGACUUUAAUCAGUGUCUAGAGAAUGGCCCUGGGGGCAAAUUCUUCAAUCCCUUCAGUAACAAGAUGGCUUCCCAGCAGAACACCGAGAACCUGGCCACUGAGCAAGUGCAAGGCCAGGAGGCGAUUCCUGGGGAGGGCUUUAUUCACAUCCAUUACGGCCAGAAGCCUGAGGUACCCAAUGGGGCCUCCCCGGGUCACCGCCUUCCCAUUGGCUAUCCAAGUGACAAGCGCCGUCUCAGUAAGGCCAGCAGCAAGGCCAGGUCAGAUGACCUAUCAGUGUGACCCUCUAGUGUUGGGGAGGGGGGAAUCCAGGACUAGGUGGGAACAGAGGAAGCUCACAGAGGGAAGAUGUGUCCCUAUCGACCCCAUCUCUCAUUCUCAUACCUGCUCUGCUCCUUUUGGGCUUCAGGUCUCUGUGGCAUUGCUCAUUUAUUCCAGAAGGUAGGACCAGGCCUCUUCGAGUGCAGGCAGUGACAUGGUUACCCACCCCAGCUGCUGUCCCUUCCCAUCCUCUACCAGUGUACAUAGAAGGUUUUCAGAUUCUUUGGUCAACAGGCCAGAGGAAGAAAAGGGAACAGCAGUAAAUCAAGGCACGGGAGGGAUAGCCAGAAGGACAGAAUGGCUCUCUACAUACCAGCCACAUACCAGAUGGGUUCUCCAAGUCUCUAUGGAUUCCUCGACCUGAUUGCCCUUCUUCUUGCAAUGAAAAACCCAAAGAUCCCAGCCAGUAAAGAGCAUCAAUCAAAGACCUUCCAUUAGAUGUGCUCUUGAAUCUGUUGUCUCCAUGGGUCAAAAUUUGUAGUGAUGUUAAGGUGGCCUUGGGCUGCCCUGGGCUGCCUUCCCUGUACCCAGUCUUCCUUAAAAAGAGGUCCUUGGAACUUGACCAGCAGCCUCAACUUUACAAGUGUUUUGGUAUGUACCUCUGGCAAAUGUCCUCCUUAGUGAAGCUGCAGCCUUUACUUCUGCCAGGGUGAAAACUGGCCCAUGGGGGUGCAAGCUCCCCCAGGGAGUGACUAUAUACACAGGCUCCACUGGAAUCCCUGCCACCACCUGUCAUCCUGCAGCUCUUUACAGCUCAACCCGAUGAUAGAAACCAUCCCAUCCCUUCCUUCCUUGGCUGUUCACCCAGUGCUCCCCUAAAGAUCUUAUCAACCAGAGUGCCCAAGAAGCCGUCGUCCUCUCUCAGAUCCUGACCAGAUCACCAGCCACAAGGGCCAAUGGAAUUUCCCUAGGUCUUAUUAAAACAAAGAGGGCAUUGUGCUUCUCAAAUUCCCUUUGGGAAAAAAUAAUUCUGCUGUGAAGAUAAAAAUAAAAAAAGAGAGAAAAUACUGGAAAACUGUUUCCCCCUCCUAUUUAUUUCCCUUUCUGACUGCCAACUUAGAGUGCCAAGAGGAGGCAUGAUGACAGCUAUGGAGCCCCCAGAUCUCUCUCUCCCUGGAGGGCUUAGCAGGGGCAUGGAAGCGGUAAGGGAAUCUCCAGCUCUCUUGGCAGGGGCCUCUUUUAAGAGCACAGUGAUUCCUAUGUCUCCCUGGUGCUCCUAAUGAGACAGCUAGAAAGCAGUGGUGACUGCGGACUGUGGAAAAGUCCUGCCUUCCCAGGGACUGGCCUGGUUUCUCUGUUCAGUCCAUCCAUAAUGGGUGGUUGCCAUUAUGGAUGAAGUAAAGGAUGCUCAGAAUUGGAUACUGAGAUUUAUAGGGAGAUGAUUACUUUUUAAAAUGCAUGCGUGUGUGUGUGUGUGUGUGUGUCUACACUGACAGGGUGGGUGAAGGGGAGGGGAGUCUGAAAUAAGGAAAGGAAACUUUAGAGGAACUUGUGUCUUCCUGCCCUCACCUCCAGAUGCUGGUGGAGGGGCUGAGACUCACUGUUUCCAGUGGCAUCGGCCUAUGUGGAUGAGAAGUUGGGCAGAGGAGGGUGAAGGCUCAGAAGGUGUCUUAGCCUCUACCCCCCAUCAUCCAUCUCCAGGCCCUUCUGCUGAUGUUUGGCUGCUAUUGGUGUGUGGAGAGAAGGAUGAGGGUAGAGAGUUGGAGGGGACUGACUGGGAGGCCAUUUAGGUAAGAAUGGUCAUCAGAGGUCCCUAGAGAGAACACCUUUUUAUCUUUUGUCUGGCACCAGCAUUAAGACUCUCUGCAAAACAAAACAAAACAAAACAA